AUGAUUACAAUGGCGUUAUCAGCAAUCGCCAGACUUACAGGCCUAGAUGGCGUAUCUAGACACAGAACAGAGAUAAAUCAAGGCAGACAUCUGCUGCAUCUGGAUCCUGCUGAGUCUGGUGGACCACCCGUUGUCUCUGCGAAAACUGAUCAAGCCAUUAAUAUAUCGCAUCCCUUUAGCAACUCGGGUGACGUUGUAUCAGGAAAGCUUCCUCACGCUGGCUUUCCUACUGAAAACAACUUGGCCGAAACGCUGAGCUCACUCCUUCAAAAUCUCUCCAAAACCUUUCAGGCAUUUCAAUCGUCCCACGACACUAACGCUUCUGUUUCCUUCAGUGACUUCUUCCACGCCACGUUUCCGGUCUCCAAUUCGACUCAAGCAGCGUUUCGGGAAUAUAACCUUACUCCACCUGCUCCGGUCCAAACUCUGCAAGGCCUGUCCGAAACAACCCAAUCUGGACUUGACACAUUUAUCACAAGCACAGCAUGGGGUCACCUCAACGACUGCUCAACAAGAAAUUCUACACACGAAAUUAUUGGUUUAGAUAAGACCACUGCAGAAAUUGUCAUAAUUGCCAUUGUGGUUAGUUUGUUAUCAGUAUUAACGGCAGGGGGUAACCUCAUGGUGAUUGUGGCUUUCAAACUGGACAAGAAUCUCCAAACUGUUAGCAAUUAUUUUCUGUUGAGUUUAGCCGUAGCCGAUUUGACUAUAGGUAUCGUGUCUAUGCCACUGUACACUGUAUACUUACUGAUGGGGUACUGGCCUCUGAAAGCGCUUAUGUGUGAUAUUUGGUUGUCUCUAGAUUAUACCAUGAGUAAUGCAUCUGUUGCCAACCUAAUCAUCAUUAGCUUUGAUCGAUAUUUGAGCGUCACACGGCCAUUAACUUACCGAGCCAAAAGAACACCAAAAAGGGCCGGUACAAUGAUUGGAUGCGCUUGGGUUAUCUCCUCAGUGAUUUGGACCCCGUGGAUUUUUGCGUGGCCUUAUAUAGAGGGCCAGAGGAAUGUACCAGAAACUGACUGUUACAUCCAGUUUCUGAAGACCAACCAGUAUAUAACAAUUAUAACUGCAAUGUUUGCGUUCUUCAUUCCGGUAAUCAUCAUGUCAGUAUUAUACUUCAAAAUUUAUAUGGAAACACAAAAACGCCAAAAAGAUUUGCCCAAGUUGCAGGGCAUGCACAAAUCGAAGAAGAUUAAAGAUCCCCAGAUGAGACAUCAUUCGAGCAGAAAAUAUGUAACGUCCAGUGACGAAGAAGCAAACUCGUGUGUCAGUGAGAGAGGUAAUAACAUGAUGGUUCAUAGCAAUGGAACUAAUUCUACAGAACCAUCUUCUGUCAAAAGUAAGUUACUUGGAUGUUUGAAAAUAGACCGCGACUCAGAUUAUCUAGAAGAUUCCAGUUCCAGUGAACCCCCAGGUUCGCCAACAACAUCAAACACCCAUUCCCAUGCAACAAUUCCCGUGCUGUGUACCUCAGAAAUAAAUAACGGAAACAGUUUGCCUCGACAAGAUUCUGAGAACUCAUCUACGAGCGUUCACGAAAGUUCCUCGCCAAAUCCUCGCUGCGUGCGAAUUAACUUUAGCACAUCGUUAAUACCGCUUCUGCCAAUCGAGUCUCCGAUCUCACCGUGUUCAGUGUACCGUGAUCAGGGCAAUACGACAACAUUUACCUCCGAACACUUGGUCCCUUCGCUUUAUAACAGCUCAUAUCGAGGACAUUCGGGUAUGCUAACGACUUCCUUUUCUGACCCUGUGGCAGAAGCAAUCCAAGAGGAUGCUAACUCCCUUGACUCCAGUCAGUCUUUACAUGAGAACAACUAUACAAACCAACAUGACAGCGAAGAUGAAGACGAUGAAGAUGAUGAGGCUGCAAUGUAUCGGGUCUUGAUUCUUCUUCCUAGUGACGCUGAAGACUCGAACCACAAAGUAACUUCCAGAGCAGAACCAGAAGAUAUGGAUAGAUUCAGUGAGCUUAAUCCUGCUCUUGUACAGAGGAUUGAAAGCGAUACUGAUGAAGAUGACGUGGCAUCGAGAUGUCUUCCGGAAAGAAUCUCUCAUCCUCCCCCUAUUCGCCCGCGGACAGGAACUCCGGCAUUAGCCCGCCGGGCGCACAGUCACGAUUCUAACAAGGUGGCCAUGCAGGCUAAGAUUGCUGCUAAAGCUGCAACACGGGUACGAAAGGCCGAACAACAGAGUCAGGCCAAGAUUCAGUCCAGACGCCAAGAGCGAAGACAGGACCAAAAAGCUGCUAAAACCCUCACAGCAAUUUUACUGGCAUUUAUUGUGACUUGGACACCGUAUAAUAUUUUCACAGUGGCUGAGGUUUUCUGUGAGGGAUGUGUCGAUAAGACGCUUUAUUCUAUAG